AUGAAGGAUCUUCCUGUCGAACUUUUGGACGCCAUCGCUGAAAACACAACCUCAGUGGCAGACCUCCUGUCCCUUCGCGGCAUAAAUGUCACAUGCCAUGAGCUGGUUACACCCAAAGUCUUUCGCAAACUCCACAUUAGAAACAGUUUGAAAAGCGUACAGAACUGCCAGGACAUUCUUGCAUCUUUGGAAAUUGCACCUUUUGUUCGAGAGGUUGUAUAUGAUUAUCGAGAUGGCAGCUGCAAUUGUCUACCAUUGUCACCCCGUUCAACAGAUGAUUCACUGGAUACGUUUCAGAUCAUAGCCGAGCUGGAGGAAAGCUUGACAGAAUUCUUUUGCCAAUUGUCUCGAUUUAUCAAUCUUGACGCCGUAACGCUCAACUUUUGGCCCGCCUUCAUCACUCCAUCAGGACUUGAGGUCCGGGAACAUCCUUUUUGGUUCACAAACCGUCAAUUGGCAGUCCUCCAUGCAAUCUACUACUCCAUGAAGACGUCUCCCAUAAAGUCGUUAACACUGAACAACAUAGUUUUGAUGUCGCCCAAAUGCUAUAAUUUUCCAUCACCUCUGGUCGAAACAUCAUUCUCGCACCUUUCAAUUUCUGUUGCUGCCAACAAUGAACUGGGAGAGUGGUCUGGGUCGAAGAGCUUAAAUAGCUCCCUCAGCCCGUUGCUACCCCCUUCAAAUCCCCAUCUCACAUCUCUAGUUUUUCGCAGCCCUCGGGGACUCUAUUUUAGCCCCACUUUGCGCCUUGCAUCCCAUUACCCAGCUCUACAGUCACUCGUGCUCGAAAAUAUUGUUUUUGAUCACAACUCCCCAUCCGAGAACAUCGAAGAAUUCAUAAUCCGCCACAAAGAUUCACUCGUAAGACUCGAACUACGUUCUUGUUCCUGCUACAUCAUCAAUGACUCCGGAACGAAGGGGGGAAGAUCGUGGUCCGGUAUUUGGGAGCGCCUGAAACAGGAGCUUACUGGGCUUCGGGAGAUCGUUGUUGACAGAGGUAGCCAAGGCUACACCCACCUUGACCCGGUUUUGGGCCAUGUUCCUCACAAGUCUUUCAAUCAUGCGCGAGCCGAACAAGAUGAGGAAAAGUUUCAAAAUUUUGCAUCUGCAGUGCGGACCCGCUCUAAUAUUUCUGUUACUUGCCAUUGA